UAAUGUCCUCACCUGCCAAAAAACCGGUGAAUCUUUGCGCUAUUUCUAUGUUUGCCGACGAUUUACUAGCCUUAAUCCUCAACCGGGUGACCGAGCCGGUCGACCGAAAAUCGUUCUCCGAGGUCUGCAAGCAGUGGUUUCGGGUGGAGGCAUUUAGCCGAUCAUCGAUUCGUGUUCUCGAUCUCGGUUUUCUCCGUCAUGUAUUGUCCAGGUACCCAAACUUGGUGACAUUCGAAACAUCCAAGUGUGUUUUCAAAGGCCACUUCAGGUUCUUGGCCCAAACAUGCCCCAAACUCGAGGACAUCAACCUUAGCACCACAGAGUCAGACUGGCUCAACAUAUGUUUUGGGGUAGACUCUUUAUGUGCUCUGUCUAAUAGCUGCCCGAAAUUGUCCAAGGUUUCACUUAGAGGGAGAAGGUUUUUAGGUUCAGGCAUUUGGCUUAAGAAGGCACAUAACUUGACGUAUUUGGAUUUGGGACACAACGUGGUCAGUGACGAAUAUCUCAAAGCAAUUGGGUCUUGCAAUUCCAUUACCUAUUUGAAUUUGGAAAAGUGUCCCGGGGUUUCUGACAAGGGUUUAGGAUUUUUGGGAAAUGGCUCUUGCUCAAAGACCCUGAAGACUUUGGUGCUUGCUGAGUGCAACGGCAUCAGUGAUAUUGGGGUCUCGCAUUUGCGGAAUAUGCGUUGCUUAGAAGACUUGAAUUUGGAUGGAUGUUUGAGAAAUGUUAGUGAUAUUGGAGUUGGAAAAAUAUCUGGAAUUCAAACCCUCAAGAAAUUGAACUUGAGUCGACUGCAUAAGGUCUCCGACCAAAGCAUAGUUGCUCUUGCUGAGAAUUGCGUGAGAUUGGAGGUGCUUGAUUUGAGUGGUUGUAAGGUAAUGAGUUAUGUCAUUAGGGCAUUUUUCGGUCACAGGUGCUUGGAAUCUCUUGUUUUGGGGUCGUACUUUCAUCUGCGUUGGCUUGAUGUGGAACACUUAGUUCUCGGUUGUUGGUCAUUGAAGAGUAUCGUUCUGAAGAAAGAUAAUGUCAACUUGAAGGCAAUGCCAGAAAGUGUUAGCGGAAUUGUGAGGUUGGUCUAGCGGUGAUGGUGUUUGGACUUCACCAGGUUUGUAGAAAUUGGGGUCUUACCCUGCUCUUUCGUUGCUCGAAGAGAUGACCGCAUAUAUAUGCACCUCUUAAUACUAUUUGUGAUGGCCACUCUCUCCGCUUCGCCCUGCAAUCCUAAGGUGGAUGUACCCUCUGGUUUUGUUGGUUUGGUUAUGAAGAAUUGGUACUAGUUGACCUUUGCCCCAACUUUGUUUAAAUAUAUGCAGUGUUCUCCAUUGAAGAUGCUCGGCCGUCUCUUCCCUCCUUCCUUCAUACACCUAAAAAAGGAGGAGGCAGGGAUCAAAUGGAUUUACGAGCCAAAAAACCAUGCAACACUUGUCCUAUUUCUCUGCUGGGUGACGAUUUAUUAGCCUCAGUCCUCAUCUGGGUCAGCAAGCCAUAUGAUAGAAUUCUAAGAUCACAGGUCUGCAAGCAACGGUUGAGUGUGGAAGCUAGGGUCUAAGCCGAACUUCCAUUCGUUUUCUUGAUCUCAAUUUUCUCCGUAGGGUAUUGCCUAGAUUCCCAAACUUACUCACAUACCAACAUAAUAUGAAUGUUUCUAUUAUAUACUGGCCAGAAUUACUUUAAUUAUCGUUCUUAUGUCUGAAUGAUUCUAUAUAAUAACCAUUUACAUAUGUUUAUUUUUGAACAAAUUAUUACCAUUGCACAGAAUAUGAUAUAUCAACUAACAUA